ACUGCAGCACUUCCUCUGCAUCUGGAUAUGAAGGGAGUUCCAGAAAAGCGGAAGAGUUGAGAGGUGCACGGGGUCGCUCAGGGCAUGGAGCUGGAGAACUAUGACCAGCCCGUGGUUCUGAGAGAAGACAACCUCCGCAGGCGCCGCAGGAUGAAGCCCCGCAGCGCGGCAGCCAGCUUGUCCUCCAUGGAGCUCAUCCCCAUCGAGUUCGUGCUGCCCACCAGCCAGCGCCACAGCAAGACCCCCGAAACCGCGCUGCUGCACGUGGCGGGCCACGGCAACGUGGAGCAGAUGAAGGCGCAGGUGUGGCUGCGCGCCCUGGAGAUCAGCGCGGCCGCGGACUUCUACCACCGGCUGGGCCCAGACAGCUUCCUCCUGCUCUACCAGAAGAAGGGACAGUGGUACGAGAUCUAUGAUAAGUACCAGGUAGUGCAGACCCUGGACUGCCUGCGCUACUGGAAGGUGCUGCACAGGAGCCCCGGGCAGAUCCACGUGGUGCAGCGGCGUGUGCCCUCCGAGGAGACGCUGGCCUUCCAGCGACAGCUCACCGCCCUCAUCGGCUACGAUGUCACUGACGUCAGCAAUGUGCACGAUGACGAGCUGGAGUUCACGCGCCGCCGACUGGUCACACCUCGCAUGGCCGAGGUGGCCGGCCGCGAUGCCAAGCUCUAUGCCAUGCACCCCUGGGUGACAUCCAAGCCCCUCCCAGAGUACCUGUUGAAGAAGAUUGCCAACAACUGCAUCUUCAUCAUCAUCCACCGCAGCACCACCAGCCAGACCAUCAAGGUCUCGGCUGAUGACACCCCCGGCAUCAUCCUCCAAAGCUUCUUCACCAAGAUGGCCAAGAAGAAGUCACUAAUGGGUAUCCCUGAAAGCCUAAACGAGCAGGACUUUGUGCUGCGCGUCUGUGGCCGGGAUGAGUACCUGGUGGGUGAAACGCCCAUCAAAAACUUCCAGUGGGUGAGGCACUGCCUCAAGAAUGGAGAAGAGAUUCACCUGGUGCUUGACACACCUCCAGACCCAGCCCUGGACGAGGUGAGGAAAGAAGAGUGGCCACUGGUGGAUGACUGCACGGGAGUCACUGGCUACCACGAGCAGCUGACCAUCCAUGGUAAGGACCAUGAGAGUGUGUUCACCGUGUCCCUGUGGGACUGUGACCGGAAAUUCAGGGUCAAGAUCCGAGGCAUUGAUAUCCCUGUCCUGCCCCGGAACACCGACCUCAUAGUUUUUGUGGAAGCGAACAUCCAGCAUGGGCAGCAAGUCCUUUGCCAAAAGAGAACCAGCCCCAAACCCUUCACAGAGGAGGUGCUCUGGAAUGUGUGGCUUGAGUUCAGUAUCAAAAUCAAGGACCUGCCCAAAGGGGCUCUGCUGAACCUCCAGAUCUACUGUGGCAAAACUCCAGCACUCUCCGGCAAGGUCUCUGCAGAGACCCACAGUUCUGAGUCCAAGGGUAAAGCCCAACUCCUCUACUAUGUGAACCUGCUGCUCAUAGACCACCGGUUCCUCCUGCGCCACGGGGAGUAUGUGCUCCACAUGUGGCAGAUAUCGGGGAAGGGAGAUCAAGGGAGCUUCAAUGCUGAUAAGCUCACAUCAGCGACCAACCCAGACAAGGAGAACUCAAUGUCCAUCUCCAUUCUUCUGGACAAUUAUUGUCACCCAAUAGCCUUGCCCAAGCAUCGGCCCACCCCUGAUCCGGAAGGGGACCGGGUUCGAGCUGAAAUGCCCAAUCAGCUUCGCAAACAACUGGAGGCCAUCAUAGCCACUGAUCCACUUAAUCCCCUCACAGCGGAGGACAAAGAAUUGCUCUGGCAUUUUAGAUAUGAAAGCCUGAAGCAUCCAGAAGCCUACCCAAAGUUAUUUAGCUCAGUGAAAUGGGGACAGCAAGAAAUUGUGGCCAAAACAUACCAACUGUUAGCGAGAAGGGAGGUCUGGGACCAAAGCGCUUUGGAUGUUGGGUUAACCAUGCAACUUCUAGACUGCAACUUUUCAGAUGAAAAUGUGAGAGCCAUUGCAGUUCAGAAACUGGAGAGCCUCGAGGACGAUGAUGUUUUGCAUUACCUUCUACAACUGGUGCAG